AUGGCACCCUUUGGGCUCAAUUACCUCAUGUUCACGCUGAAAGUUACUGAACCCUCAAGUACCUCCAAGAUGUUCCUUUCCUCAUUGAAUCCCUGGAGUCAGAGCGUCAGCGGUCGACGAGGCUACAUUCAAGGCGCACACUUGAUAGAUUUGGAGAAGAUUCGACGCCUGAAUGACUUACUAUCCCAAGCACGUGAGGAUGCUUCGACAACAGAUAAGCUGCACCAUCAGGAACUGAACUCUUUGUACCGCAAAAUAAGUUCGUUCCAGGUCCAGCACAAUACACUCAAUGAUGAGCAAAUUCUCGCUGAAAUGCGAAGCCUGAAUCAAAAGUUAGAUUUGUGGGUCAAAUAUAACUUCAAUGAUGUGAGGAGACUGAGUGCUCUUAAUUGCUCGGAGCCUGGUGGCCAAUUUCCGCGCAGUUCCACUCAACGCUGGGCUUGGAUUCAGGGAACCAUCACCGAGAUGAUAUUCCAUUACAUCUUCUCUCCGCAACAUUUUGGGCUGGACGAUAACCCUUGGAGUCAAUUUCUGCAAUACAUUGAGGAUGGUGUUGAGCAAGCCCAUUCUGCUGUGAUACAGCAAAAUUGGCGAGGAGUGACAUGUGAUGCCAUAGAGCAGAGCACAAGGGAUGUCCGAGAGAGUCUAAUGAUGGAGAUCAUAACAUCUGUUGAGGAGCAGUUUGCCGAGUACUCGCCUAUGGAAGAGACUCCAAGGAAGCGUCAGCUCGGAGAACUCCUACAAAGAUGCGCUACCUUUAAGGAUGCUUUAAGCCGGCAGAAAGACCUAUUUCACUUUUUUCGCAGCCAGCCUGGGGAUGAUUUCUCGAUGACCUCCAUGACCUUCGCUGGAGGGUGUGGGGAUCUAGCAGCCAAAGUGAGAAUCUGCCUUUGGCCAGGACUAGCGAAGCGCACACAGAACACUACCGGUUGCACUUUUGAGCCAGAGCUAGUAUGGACAGUACAUUAG